AUGGAGCAGCGUGGAGUGGCCGUGGCCAUCAGGCCCGCAGUGCUGGCCAUCGCCUUCCUGGGCGCCGGAGCCUCCGCCCCCGACACCUGUCCAGAGGUGAAGCUGGUGGGUCUGGAGGGCUCCGACAAGCUCUCCAUCCUCCGAGGCUGCCCGGGGCUGCCCGGACCCGCAGGGCCCAAGGGAGAGGCAGGCGCCAGUGGACAGAAAGGGGAACGAGGUUCUCCCGGAGUCCCUGGGAAGGCAGGGCCGGCCGGGCCCAAAGGAGACCGAGGGGAAAAGGGCGCGGGCGGAGAGAAAGGAGAGCCGGGGCAGCUUCAUUCCUGUGCCACAGGACCUCGGACCUGUAAGGAGCUGCUCACCAGGGGGCACUUUCUGAGUGGCUGGCACACCAUCUACCUGCCCGACUGCCGGCCCCUGACCGUGCUGUGUGACAUGGACGUGGACGGCGGGGGGUGGACCGUUUUCCAGCGAAGGAGUGACGGCUCCGUGGACUUCUACCGGGACUGGACCGCGUACAAGCAGGGCUUCGGCAGUCAGCUGGGAGAGUUCUGGCUGGGGAAUGACAACAUCCACGCCCUGACCGCCCAGGGAAACAGCGAGCUCCGGGUAGACCUCAUGGACUUUGAGGGCAACCACGAAUUUGCCAAGUACCAGUCAUUCAAGAUGGCGGGUGAGGCAGAGAAGUACAAGCUGGUCCUGGGAGCCUUUGUCGAGGGCAGCGCAGGUGAUUCCCUGACGUCCCACAACAACCACGCCUUCUCCACCAAAGACCAAGACAACGACAAAAAUACUGCAAACUGUGCGGUGCAGUACCAGGGGGCCUGGUGGUACAACAACUGUCAUGUGUCAAACCUGAACGGUCGCUACCUUGGGGGGCCCCACGAGAGCUUUGCAAACGGCAUCAACUGGAGGUUAGGGAAGGGGUACAACUACAGCUACAAGGUGUCGGAGAUGAAGGUGCGGGCCACCUAG